AUAGUCGAAGUAAAAAUACAUAUUAUUUAUAUUGCACUAAUUUAAAAGAGCCAGGAAUUCCAUACGAUGAUGUACUAAAAGCAUAUUCUGAUAAUUCGGAACUGAUUCAAGACAUAGUCACUGUAUGA